UCUCUCUCUCUCUCUCUCUCUCUCUCUCUCUACAUGGGCUGCUGUGAAUCGGCGUUAGGGACACACCCAGAACAGGAGCAUCAACCCCAGCAGCAGCAGCAGGGCCUAAACCCACCGUUGAACACCCACCCACUUUCCUCCGCCGCCACCACUGCAGCUGGGGGAGUCCCUUCCUUCUCUGAAUUCUCUCUAUCUGACCUCAAGGCAGCCACCAACAACUUCAGCCCGGACUACAUCGUAUCUGAAAGCGGCGAAAGAGCCCCCAAUCUUGUCUACAAGGGCCGCCUGCAGAGCCGCCGUUGGAUCGCCGUCAAGAAGUUCACCAAAUUGGCCUGGCCUGAUCCCAAGCAAUUCGCGGAAGAGGCAUGGGGUGUUGGGAAGCUGCGGCAUCGGAGGCUUGCGAAUUUGAUUGGGUACUGCUGUGAUGGAGAUGAGAGGUUGCUUGUGGCUGAGUACAUGCCCAAUGACACUCUUGCUAAGCAUCUAUUUCACUGGGAUAAGCAGACUAUUGAAUGGGCAAUGCGUUUGAGAGUAGCACUUAAUAUAGCUGAAGCCUUAGACUAUUGCAGCUCCGAAGGUCUUCCAUUGUACCAUGACCUGAAUGCUUACAGGGUUCUUUUUGACGAGGAUGGUGAUCCACGGCUUUCAUGUUUUGGCUUGAUGAAGAAUAGUAGGGAUGGGAAAAGCUAUAGCACAAAUCUUGCCUACACACCUCCAGAGUAUCUACGAACUGGAAGGGUCACUCCUGAAAGUGUUAUAUAUAGCUUUGGCACUGUCCUUUUGGAUCUGCUUAGUGGAAAGCACAUCCCUCCGAGUCAUGCUCUUGAUAUGCUACGCGCCAAGAACAUUGUUCUCUUAAUGGAUUCACACUUGGAGGGCAAAUUUUCCGCAGAAGAAGCGACAGAGGUGAUUGGUCUCGCCUCACAAUGUUUGCAAAAUGAACCUAGAGAGCGGCCUAGUAUCAAGGGCCUUGCUGCGUCUCUUGAUCCACUGCAAACGAAAUCUGAUGUUCCUUCUCAUAUCAUGCUUGGGAUUUCAAAGCAAGUGGAAGCCCCGCCAACCCCUCAACGCCCUCUUUCACCAAUGGGGGAUGCAUGCUCGCGGAUGGACCUCACCGCAAUCCAUGAAAUCUUGGUUAAGAUGCAUUAUCGGGACGAUGAAGGAACUAAUGAGUUGUCUUUCCAAGAGUGGACCCAACAGAUGAAAGAGAUGCUGGAUGCAAGAAAACGUGGGGACUCUGCCUUUCGUGACAAGGAUUUUAGAACUGCCAUUGAUAACUAUUCUCAGUUUAUCAAUGUGGGAACCAUGGUCUCCCCAACAGUUCACGCACGGCGAAGCCUAUGUUAUCUCCUUUGUGAUCAACCCGAUGCUGCUCUUAGAGACGCAAUGCAAGCACAAAACAUCAGCCCAGAUUGGCCAGUCGCCUUUUACAUGCAAUCGGUUGCCCUUGCGAAGCUGGACAUGCACCAGGACGCCGCUGAUAUGUUGAAUGAAGCUGCUGGACUUGAAGAGAAGAGGCAAAAGGGUGGGAGAGGAUCAUGAAAAUGAGUACUCUGGAGAAGAAAGAAUUGGAUUGUGAUGAAUAAAGAGAUUCACCACACAUCUAUUUUUCGCUCAACGCCUAAUCCAGUUUGCACAAUCUGAGUAGGGAAUUGGAGUUUUUUUUUGUCUUCUCAAUUGCAAGUGUAUAUUAUAGCAACAGGUGGUUUUGAUCACAUUAAUACAAGCUUCUUAUUGCACCA